GAAGAAGAAGAAGAAAAAAGAUGGCGGCCGCUAGCGUUAGCUUGCUGGUUAGCUUCGCAAAGUGUUUGUUUUUUUCUUUAUUGUGAGUUUUAUUCCCUCCGGUGGCUCCAGGACUCUGCUUCAUCCUCUCUGCAGACCGUCUGAAAGAGUCCGGGGCGGACAGAUGGCGGCGUGAGGCGUCCGGAGGGCUUCCAGCGGCGGAGUGUGAGACGGAGCGCAGCGGGAGGAGGGAGAGCUGUGCCCGGUCAGAGAGCCCGCGGAGAGCCGGGAGGAGGGAGAGCUGUGCCCGGUCAGAGAGCCCGCGGAGAGCCGGGAGGAGGGCGAGCUGUGCCCGGUCAGAGAGCCGGGAGGAGGGAGAGCUGUGCCCGGUCAGAGAGCCCGCGGAGAGCCGGGAGGAGGGAGAGCUGUGCCCGGUCAGAGAGCCCGCGGAGAGCCGGGAGGAGGGAGAGCUGUGCCCGGUCAGAGAGCCCGCGGAGAGCCGGGAGGAGGGAGAGCUGUGCCCGGUCAAAGACCAGAGGGACGUGGGGACGGGUUCGUCGUCAUGGCGACUCCGGUCAACAUCCCGGCUCCCAGCAAGACCUGGGAACUGAGUCUGUACGAGCUGCACCGGAGCCCCCAGGAGGCGGUGGUGGACGGGACGGAGGUGUGUGUGUCCCCGCGCUCGCUGCACAGUGAGCUGAUGUGUCCCAUCUGUCUGGACAUGCUGAAGAACACCAUGACCACCAAGGAGUGUCUCCACCGCUUCUGCUCCGACUGCAUCGUGACGGCGCUGCGGUCCGGGAACAAGGAGUGUCCCACCUGCAGGAAGAAGCUGGUGUCCAGGCGGUCCCUCCGCCGAGACGCCAACUUCGACGCCCUGAUCUCCAAGAUCUACCCGAGCCGGGACGAGUACGAGGAGCAGCAGCGCCGCCUGCUGGAGCGGCUGCAGCGGCUGCACAACCCGGGGGCGCUGAGCUGCAGCAUCGAGGAGGGGCUGCGGCAGCAGGCGCGCCACAGGAACCACCGGGUGAAGCGGCCGGCCCAGGAGAGUGACAACACCACCUUCAGCGGCGGCGAGGACAACGGAGACUCCCGGUCCCACCUGUCCCACGACUCCGCCCCCUCGCAGGCGCCCCACCCGCCCGGACACGCCCCUCCGGAGGCCGGGCCGAGCCGCAAGCGCCCCCCUCCCUCGGAGGACGGCUCGGCGGCCGGGCCGGACAGCGGCAGCCCGACUCCGCCCCCCCGGAGGCGCCGCGACGGCCCCGCCUCCGAGAUCGAGCUGGUGUUCCGGCCACACCCCCAGCUGGUCCACGCCCACGACUACAACCAGACCAGGUACGUGAAGACGACGGCCAACGCCACCGUGGACCACCUGUCCAAGUACCUGGCUCUCCGCAUCGCCCUGGAGGACGGCGCCGGGCAGAGGGGGGCGGAGCCGGGAGGAGCGGGAGCAGGCGGAGCACCGGGUCUGAGCAGCGUCAGCGAGAAGCAGUACACCAUCUACACCCUGACCAGAGGAGGACCGUUCACCACCCUGAACGGUUCUCUGACUCUGGAACUCGUCAACGAGAAGUUCUGGAAGGUCCGGAAGCCUCUGGAGCUUUACUACGCCCCCACCAAGGAGCCGCAGCAGGCCCCGCCCACUGCCCCGCCCACUGCCCCGCCCACUGCUGUACCUGCUGCUCCGCCCCUUGUGGCUCCACCCGCUGCUCCGCCCACAGCCCAGCCCCCUGUGGCUCCGUCCACAGCUCCAGCUGAUGCCCCUCCCGUUGCUCCGCCCCCUGCUUCUCCCCCUCCCCCUCCCCCCCACAGGGACGGCUGAGGAACCCCAGAUCCUGGACUGGAGGAACCUGUUCCCCUGGUUCUGGAGGAACCAGCCUCCGGACCGGGUCUCCUGGGUGAAGUGGACUCGGCUUUGGGUUCCACAUGUGGUUCUUCAGUUCCGUGUUCCGUUUCCUGGCCGGCACAGAAUCAGAACCGGGAAGUUCUGGACGGGUUUCCGGUGGAACCGUGUUCUCUGAAGUACUUUGAAAGCCAUAAAAGUGUCUUCUUCAGUUUGGAACUUUCUGGUUCUCCGGGUUUUACUGGUAUCAGAACUGAGGAAGGAGAAAACUGAAGUUCCACUUGAACCUUCUGUUCCUCUGAACAGAACCUUCAGGUAAAAUCCUUUUCGUGGACGAGGCAGGUGUCAAAUUACCCGCGAGUUCAGGCUCUGUCAGAACCUCUCUGGAUCACUCUGCAUUGACACUUCCUGUUGUGGACUUUCAAGUUAUAAGCCAUAGUUCCAGAAGCAAUAGACGGCAGAGGCUCUUAUUUUGAAAAACAUUCAUUAUGCACUUAAAUUGAAAAUCCUUCCUUUACUGCAUUAAUUCCCUCUGAUCGGCCUGCAGAUGCUUUUUUCUGACAUUUUAUUUAUUUACUAAAUUCAGACAUUCAAAAUAAAACGUUAAGAAAA